GCUCCACAACCUUGCGGUGGAAGAAACCAAGACGUGAGGACGAGAGGAAAAAUCCCGGACACAAGCCACACUUAUUUAAGAGUACGCUAUUCAAGAAGAGAAUUCAAAUCCCGCGGGAGACGCCAGAGGAACGACCUCACAGACACUUGACAUUCUAGUAAACAUCCCAAAGAGGAGCCUAAGGAGUGAAGAUGUCAAAGGGGAAGCAGGGGGUCCCUGCAUCUGGCGUUCAGGGAGCCAAGGCAGAGAAUGAGCAGCCACCGACCUAUCAGGAAGCUGUUGAAGGCUAUGAUGAGAUGCAGAUCCAGUUCUCUCUGGACGACAAGGCGGUGAGAAGGAUCUUCAUCAGGAAGGUCUAUGCUAUCCUCCUGAUCCAGCUGCUGGUGACAGUAGCUAUCGUUUCUCUCUUCACGUUUAGCGGGCCAGUGCGGUUCUACAUCCAGACCCACCCUGGGUUAUACAUGGGCUCCUAUUUGACCUUCUUUGCUACGUACAUCGCAUUGACCUGCUGCGGGGAUCUCAGGAGGCAGUACCCAAUGAACCUAAUUUUGUUAUGCAUCUUUACUCUGAGCAUGGCCUCCAUGAUGGGCUUCAUGUCAAGUUUCUACAACACCAAGUCAGUGGUGCUGUGCCUGGGAAUCACCGCUAUCGUCUGUCUCUCUGUCACCCUGUUCAGCUUCCACAGCAAGUUUGACUUCACUUCCUGCCAAGGGGUGAUGCUCGCCCUCUGCGUGGUGAUGCUGCUCUGCGCCAUCACCCUCUCCAUCGUCGUGCCCUUCGGAUACGUUCCCUGGUUACAUGCAGUCUACGCCGUUAUAGGAGCCAUCCUCUUCACUCUGUUCCUGGCCUUUGACACUCAGCUGUUGCUAGGUAACAAGCGUUACGCCAUCAGUCCGGAGGAGUAUGUGUUCGCCACGCUGAACCUCUACCUGGACAUCGUCUACCUGUUCAGCUUCCUGCUGCAGUGCGUCGGGGGCGGCCGGGAAUGA